AAAUCACUGCAUGUACAAAACAAACUGAGCGCUUAAACGAGUUUAUGCUGAAUACAUUGUAUUAAUGUUUUCAUCCGCCAUGAAGCUCGCAGUACAGUUUAUUUUGUUCGUAAUAGCAUUUAAAGAACAUGUAUCAGAAAAUAUAUCAAAAGACAGCGUGGUCUGUGUUAAUGAGGAUGAGAUGUUAAACGCUUUAAAAGGAAGAGAUGGUCCAACGGGUCCGCCUGGAUUGAAGGGUGACCGAGGUGAGCCUGGUGAUCAUGUUAUCCCAAUUCCAGGUGAUGAAGGGUGGCCGGGUGUAGAUGGCAAACCAGGGCGUAAAGGAAGAAAGGGAAACCGUGGAGAAACUGGAAUGACUGGAGCUCCAGGCCUUGAUGGCAUCAGAAACCAAAAGCGAGGUAUAAAGGGUGAGCCAGGAGUCGUCGGAGAAAUGGGAGUGGAGGGUGAUCCUGGACAUGUAGGAACCAUCGGCUGGAAGGGUGAGCGUGGAUCACCUGGAGAACGAGGCCCCAAGAUAAAAGAACAAGUCUUAAAGUCUUUAUUGAAUGACUACCAUAUUUUGGAAAACGCUUACUUUGACGAUCUCUAUCAUGUAACAUCACGUGACUUGACUGAUGGCAGAUCAGAUACUGGUGGUUGGGGAAGCGAGACAGCGAAGACUGGGAACUAUAUAAGAGCAAAAUAUUUCUAUCCUGUCUACGCCACCUCAGUUACGGUAGCCGGAGGAUUUAUACCGUCUUGGGGCCAUGAAACCAGAGAAGAUUAUGGUUAUAUGGAUUUGGAAUAUUUUUCGGAUGAAAGAAAAUGGGAAAAGAUUGCUAAAAUUAAGACUCCAUUUGGGAACAGAACGGUCACUCGCCAUUUUUCUGCACCAGUCACAGCUAAGUACUGGCGCUUGAUCUCGACAGAGAAUAAGUGGAUCGGAACAACAGAGUUUGUCUUGAAACCUCUAGUAAAACCAUCUGGGGUUUAAACUUUCAAAGUGGCUGGACUUUUUCUCUAUAUAGAUAUAUGCUUUAAAUAUUGAAUUAAAUAUGAAUUAAAUUUGUGUAUUUAGUAACUAUAUAUCUAGUUAACAUAUGCAUACUAUAUGCAUUGUUCUGAUUAAUCGUCAAAU